AGAGGAUUUAGAUUAUUGCUUUUGUUUUGGCGUCGCGAGAUCAAUCGACCAACCUAGGACGCGCAACUCUUCUACCAAGUUGUGACCCCUCUAUACAUCAAAGAGCCUCCAGGCUUCGCAGAAACCUAAUCGAGCCAUUUCGUUUCCUGGCCCCUUUUUUCCCAAAUCACUUCCCGCCACAAAAACAAAAAUGUAUCGUCAACUUCUGCGCCCAUCCGCGUCGAGAGCAGCGGUAGCGACGGCAUGUGUGUGCAGCACUCUUCUUCACAACUCUUACCUUGACGCUUCCUGCGUCUUGACGGGGCUGCCUCACCAGACACCGCGCCGGUGCCUGCACUCCGCCGCCGUCUUUUUCAGCACCUCAACUUGUCGUUUCGACCUCCGGCAGCACGAGAUGGAAAAGCGACGCGCGCGUGAUCUGGAGAAGGCAGGGAUCGAUCCGCGUGACGCAGACGACGAGCCGUGGAUCGCCCCAGAGGAGCAGCAGCGACUCGACGAGGAGGAGGAGCAACGUCGGGCGGAGCUGGAGGAGCAGCGCAAGGCUUUCCUGGAGAAGCGUGCGGAGGAGGACGCGGUGAAGCGGCAGCGGUUUAAGGAAUUUCGCGCCAAGCAGAUUUCCAUGAGUCGUCAGCGAAAAGCGGAGUUGGCGGAGAAGAAGGAGGAGGCGCGUCAGCAUCGCCGCGAGCGGGGUGGUCGCGUCCUCGGCGAUGAGGCAGCGACGGCAGAGGACGGGGCGGAGGUCAUUUCCAACGGCGACGCGGGUGAUGGCGCGUCAACGACAAGCACCAAGUAG